CAAAGCACCGCCAUUUUCCCGCCAUUUCCCGACUAAACCCUAAAUUGGGACUGCGGAACUCACAGCGCCAUGGAGGAAGAAAUCAAAGAAGAAUUCUUGAGGAACGGCUUCACCCUCGACGAAGAAGAAGCGAUACUCAAGAAAUGUCUUACGUUUUGUAUAAAUUACAAACUGAAGCCUUCGGAUCUCGUUUCAAGUUGGGAGGUUUAUUAUCUCAACAGGCAGCUGGAUGACACUGUGUUAAGGAAUGCAGAGAUGGAUGGUUUUUUGAUGCAUCUUCAGAAUGAGCAGAAAGAGAUGAUCGUUAAAGAUGAGCCUGGCUUGCAUGUCUACUCAAGUAAAGAUGUUGAAAUGAUUUUAAACUAUGAAGAUGAAGAUAGAGCAGAAGGUAUUCCUGGAACCCCGAACAGAUCUGAGGAUCUUUAUUCAGAUUCUUUUGAUUUGGCACAGAAAACAAAUGGGGUUGGCUAUUCUUCGAGUAAGCCAUCACAACUUGUGACACCUUUUGGGCAACGAAAAGAUAAAUUUCUGGUGAAAUUCAGCAUGGGCAAUGUGCCCAAUAUGGAGAAUGGGGAUAAUACAGAUGAUAAUAAGAAUGCAGAGGAUGACAUUAUUAAAAGGGUUCAAACGCAAAAAAAAUGUUCUUUGGUAGUCCAUGGAUCAAGUCCUGAACCAGGUUGCAGAUUCAUGUAUGAUAGGAUUGAAGACAGGUUUAAUGCACUUGAAAGCCGCAUUAGAAAACAUGCUUCUGCACUUGGAGCUUCUGGGUUCUAUGAGGAACCAAUGGAUCCUUCAGUUGCUUCACAGAGAAGCAUAUUUGCUGUUGGAAUGAUCUGCUGCGAUGGAGAGGGUCAUUUAAACGACAAAUCUGUCUUGUUGCAAAGCAGUGUUGAACAUUCUGGAGGACAACGUGUUCGGCUAGAGUUAAACAAACUAAGUCACUUUUCCAUUUUCCCAGGCCAGGUGGUAGGCAUUGAAGGGCAUAAUCCUAGUGGACAUUGUUUGAUUGCAUCAAAGCUGGUGGAUUAUGUUCCUCUGUCAGCUGCUGCUGAUACAGAUCUUCCUCCAGCGAAAAAGCAAGCUUUAGAUCAGGAGAUCCAAUCAACUAGUCUAUCCAGUACCCCAGCAGAGAUAUCAGUGAUUAUUGCAGCUGGCCCUUUCACAACAACAGACAACUUGUCAUUUGAGCCGUUGACAGAGCUGCUAGCAUAUUCAAGCAGAAAUCCACCACACUUACUUAUACUGCUGGGGCCUUUUGUGGAUUCAGAGCAUCCACAAAUCAAGAAAGGAGCUGUUGACUUGACCUUUGAUCAAAUAUUUCAGUUAGAAGUUCUUAAAAGGUUGCAUGAUUAUGUGGAAUAUAUGGGUUCUGAAGUACGUGUAAUUCUCAUCCCAUCCAUACGUGAUGCUAACCAUGACUUUGUUUUCCCUCAGCCUGCUUUUGAUAUUCGUCCACCUGAUUUCAAAGAUCAGAUAACCAGUCUUGCAAAUCCAGGAAUUUUUGAAGCAAAUCAGGUUAAGAUAGGUUGUUGCACUGUGGAUAUUCUAAAACACCUUAGUGGAGAAGAGAUGUCAAGAAAUUCAGCAGAUGGAACACUGAGUGAUCGCCUCAGCAGACUCUCAAGCCAUGUUCUUAGCCAGCGCAGCUUUUACCCUCUAUACCCUCCAGUAGAAGCUGUUCCAUUGGAUUUUUCACUUGCUCCAGAAGCUCUCCAUCUCUCUUUAUUGCCAGAUCUUCUCAUCCUACCUUCAGAUAUCAAGUACUUUAUCAAGGUAUUAAGUGUAGGAGGUAAAAAUGAAGGGGAAGAGCAAGCAAAAUGCGUUUGCAUCAAUCCAGGAAGACUGGCCAAGGGAGAAGGCGGUGGCACUUUUGUAGAGCUCAAAUACAAAGGCAGUCCUGAUAUGAUGAAUGGUUCAAUCAUUGGCAUCUGAAUCUUUGCAUAUCCACUAUCCAGGACUUGCACUCUUCUCUUCCUCUCAACUUCAAAGAACAACUACAUGAUUGAAAAAAGGAGUUUUAG